CCAUGUUGAUAUGCACUGAGUUUUGACGCUGAUGUGGGGAUCCGGAGCGAGGACAAGCUCCAUGCAACUAGCUGCACCUGCAUCCCACCAUCAACCUCACCUGCAUCUGAUCAACACAGCACUCCAGCAUCACGCCUCUUGACUACAUUGCAAAGCUUCCUUGGACUCUGGCUAUUUCAGCUACCCUACCUACUCCUUCCUCUUCUGUUCAACAUGGCAACAGCAGCAUCAACACCCUCGAAACCCCUUCUAGACCGCAUAAACGCCAACGCCAUUCGAGAUGACAUAGACUUCACCGUCCUACCCUUCUAUCAAGAAGCUCUCGACUCAAUCACCCAACUCCGCACUGAUGCCGCCAACACCUCCUUCCCCAACUUUAGCACCUCAACCAGGAUAGACACCCACACGCACCCCAUUCCAGAAUGGUUCAGAGCCCUCGAACUCUCAGCAGCAGGUCGCGAAACACCCAGCUGGAACGCCCCCGCGCAUUUACAGUUUAUGGCUGAGCAUAGCAUAAAGAGGUGUAUCCUUAGUGUCUCGACACCUCAGGCUAACGCCUUCGCCUCGCCGUCAAAAUUCGAAGUCGAUACUGAUCUGCGGAAGAAGAAGACCAUUGCGCUGAUGCGGCUGCUGAACGAGUACGUCGCCGAAGUAUGCAGAGUGUAUCCAGAGCAUUUCAGUUGGUUAGCCGUUACUGCGCUGCCGUACGUUGCAGAAAGUAUCAGUGAAAUCAAAUAUACGCUGGAAGAAUUAGGUGCGGUGGGGAUAAGUGUGUUGACGAACGCCGAGGGUGUAUAUCCCGGAGAUGUUGCUUUCGAGGGGCUGUGGGGGUAUCUGGAGGAGCGAGCUCAAGAAGGAGACGGGAGGGAGGUGGUAUUCAUUCAUCCCACAGACCCCGUGAUCAAACUCGAAGACGGGCGAUUGAUCUCAAGUAGACCUUCGCCCCUCCGUUCCGGCCUAGGAGAAUUUUACUUCGAAACUGCGCGCGCCAUCUCCUCCAUUACCGCCUCCUCACCACCCUACAACAGUACACUGCUCAAGUACCCACACCUCCACUGGCGCAUAUCCCACGGCGCCGGCGCCUUCCCCGACAUCAGCGAGCGCUUUCUGCUCGGCUUCCCGAAAGAAUCGGCUGCAGCGAGAGAAGCCUACAAGACACGCUUCUGGUACGACAGUGCGGGGCCGGUGUGGCCGAGGCAGGUCAAGGGGUUGACGGAGGGAUUGGGGGUGGGCGUGGAGCAGAUGGUGUUUGGCACUGACUAUCCAUAUGGUAUCGGCUUCUGGGAUGUUGAUGCGAACAUCGCCGGACUGGCGGACGCGGACUUCACUUCGAACGAGGACAAGGAGGGGAUUUACUGGAGGAACGCGCAGAGCUUGUGGCAGGGGAAGAUAGACUCUUGAGAACAGUGUCAUUUGAGGACUUGGUCUUGUCCUUAUUCGGUAAUGCAGUCAUGAUACUCUUAGAAAGGAAGAGAGUUAUUUACGUUCGGACGAUUACAGCUUCCUACAUUCCAACCUCAGCCCAAAGCCACUAAAAGAACAACAAUUCCACUUACGCCUCCACAGUUGUAACGGCA